UCAGACUAGAAACGUGGAAGUAUCGUACCUGUUAUAUCGUAGAGUGUUAGUUAUCGAUGUUUUCAUUUAACUGAUAUAUUUUCGUAUUAAAAAAAUCUACCAAUUAAAAAACCGACUUGACAAUCUAUGGAUAGAUGAUUUUAUGUAAGCUUUGGUAAAAAUAUACAGAAAUGAGUAGCUAUGAUCUGUGAAAGUCUGUAUAUUAUUCUACUCUUUGGGAUCAUAGAAAGCUAUGCUACAUUCAGACAGCUUUCCGGAAUCUAUCAAAAUUCUUUUGAUGACAAAUACCAGGAUGUAAAUGCAGUUAGCAUUCAAACUGUUGGAUCACUUUUAGACUGCGUUGCACGAUGCGGCACAGAACAGCGAUGUUUGAGAAUAUUCCACAAUAGGAUAACGCAUAUAUGUAUUUUACAUUCGGAUCCGUUUACAUACACUGCAACGAAGACAGGUGAAGGAUGGAGGUCGUAUUUGACAAAAGAUGAAUAUGGUCUGUGCCCAAACAGUUUUUUCUACUACAGACAGCUACAGAUUUGCUAUUAUUUCAACCCACCGAUGACUGCAAAUAAAUUGGAUUUUUUAGGAGCGUGCAAUUAUUCUAACCAAGAGCUACUCCGUAUCGAUUCUGAAGAAAGACAGAGCUAUGUCGAAAUGGUGACAGCAAAUAUUGCCAUUGUCCAUCCCACAGGUAUUUGUAUACAAGGAACUAAUACAAUUGAUGUGAACAAUGCCUGGACAUUCUUCGACGGUACACCUAUGACAUUCUUCAAAUGGCUCCCAAAUGAACCUAGCGGACAAGGAUGGAUACGUAUAGACAGAGGCAGAGAUUAUUCAUGGGGAGUACCUCCAAGACCAAAUUGGUGGACAUGUACUUACAUGUGUGAAAUAAGGAUCAUUUGAAUAUUGACUACUGUCAAUCAACAUUUCAUUAUUUAGUCAAUUGUUUGUUCAAAGUCUGUUUAUUUGACCAAUUUGUAAUUAUUUGUAGUUUUUGUCUAUCUCAUUUUUCUUUCUCUACAAACACAGAAACUUUCACGAAUUUGCAGGUCGUCCUAUGCUUAUCUUUUCUGUAUUGUUGAACAUUUUGAAUACGUACUUCCUGCUCUAAAACUUAAACAGUUGUGCGACAUAUUUUUACACAUCUGUUUAGUUCAAGAUCUUGAAACACACACCAUAUUGUUAAAUACAUAUUAUAAAAAUAAAUGUUUUAAAAAUAAAUCUUGA